UUUGUCGAGGUGUUUUCGUGGAAAUCUCCGCUAGAUUUUUCACUCGUAAAAUUACUUGUGUAUCGUGAGAAAAUUUGAUUUUCCAACACCAUUAUUGACUAUAUUUGAUCCCCAAUACUUUCAGUGAUCCUGUCCCCUCACAAUUAUUGAAAAGAAAUUGCUUCACUGCGGUUCAAGGAAAGUUUAGUAAAUUUAUGGACAUUGUGAGUGACAGUGCUGAUUAAGUGUGUGUCAAUGAUUCAAGUGUGAAUUAUCAUCUCAAAGUGCUGAAUCACAGGGGCAUUUUUCUAUCCAUUCAAUUUUGCCAGACUGCACUUAAAAGGGUCGUAAAAUGCACAUCUAAUAUUUAUGAAUGAGGCUGAAACAUCAAAGGUACACCGCUGAUUUGACGCCUCGUGAAACCAACGUAAAGGGAUUCGAGUUACUGAAGGACACAUAACUUGCUACGAAAGAUUACAAAAUAAGCAUAAGUGAGUGGAGAAUUCUUUUAUAAAAAAAGAGUGCCGUGAAAUAACAAUAUGUGUUGCCUCGGGUGAAUGUCCUGCAAAUGUUAUGCAAAAAAUGUGUGUAGUGUCAAUGAAGUAUACCAAGAAUAUGUAGUGCGAAUUGAUGUGGUCAUUUGCACUUCAUGUGACCCUGAAGAAGUUGUGAUGAGACGACGAGAAAAUUUUGAUCACCGACAAAUAUGCGCUGUCGCCCUUGCGACAUUCGCACUCAUAGUUUCCACUUGUGGUGAUAACGUCACGGAUUUAGCAUCAUCACAUCCCAUGGACGGUGGCUGGCUGGAGUUGGAAUCAGGGGUGACCGACAGGGCAUCGUGGGAUGACUUGACGCCUGUCGCCUCAGAGUUGGCCCAGACUGCGUCUGCAGAAGUAUCCUCCAGCGAUUUAUCACCGUCUCAAGGCGAGAACGGCAAAUCGAUGGGAAGCUUCUCCACCACAUCCCAGAUCACCACAUCAACCACCCACUCAACACCCACCACCACGCGGUCCAGCCCUACUACAACGGCUACCACAAUUCGACCAUUGCUUGUUCCAACAUUUCGGCCAAGAGUCACCCACGUGCGCACAUAUCCGUCGAAACACCAUCAUGAGCAUCAUUGGGGUCCAUUCUUCGAAGAGCCUCUUAAUGCUACCUCCGGCGUUUUGCAGGUCGGAAUCCACGUAGCUACAGAGGCUGUUCUUAACUGUCGCGUUGGCAUGUUGAGAGACAAAACGGUGAUGUGGGUGAGAAAGACCACAGAGAAGGUCUCACUGCUGACAGUGGGCAACGUGACGUACAGCGGGGACCCAAGAAUAGCAGUGAAGUUUCAGUAUCCUAACAAUUGGCGACUCCACAUAAAUCCAAUUCAGCGUGAAGACGCUGGCCUCUACAUGUGUCAAGUUUCCACGCAUCCACCACGAGUGUUUGCCACAAAUGUCACGGUUCUUGCUCCAGCCAUUCGGGUCGUGGACGAGCACGGUCAUGAAGUUCAUGACCGCUACUACAAAAUGGGGAGUGCCAUCGAUUUAACGUGCCAAGUGGCUGUGUCAUUUCUGUCUGUGCUGCCAACUGUGAUGCCUGUACCCAGUCCGCCACACUACUCGCACCAGCGUCAGUUCCCCUUCAUCCCCAAGUUAGCGAACUUCAAUGUCACACCACUCAUCAUGCCAAAGACAUCACACACCCAUCAUACAAUGUCCAACCAUUCGGGUGCAUCCACUACAGCUACAUUCCCUCACAUUCCGCAAUUGUCAAAUUUGCGGGGUCACGCAUUCACUGGACAUCGCGUAGACGACGCGCGCCAACUCGAGUUCUUCCAUCAAAAGCUCACAUGGCGGAAGGACGGAGGACCAAUUCCCAAGGAUGUUCAACUCAAUUUGAGUGCUAUAGAUGAGUGGCGGAACAGCAGAUUAUCGAUCCCAGUGGCAGAUCGGAGACACAGCGGCGAGUAUUCUUGCUCAAUUCUUAAUUCAUCUGCUGCAGUUGUUCACGUGCAAGUAUUAAAUGCUCUUCUUCCAGGCGAAAUGCCAGCUGCUGUUCAACAUAACUCGGCCACCAUUAGAAGAUCCAUUCUCUCCACGUUACUUCUUUUCCUAUUCUUUUCUCCUCUGGUUCACAUAUCUUGCUAAUAAUGAAUUGAUUUUAUUACUAAAAUUAAGCGACGGGCAAGUGCUGCUCGAGAGGUUGACUUUAAUCCUUUAUACGGAAUGAUAUCAAUCCUGGUACACUGGCAUGGGCAUCGAUCAAUGAUGGAUUAAUUAAGUAAACAACUUGACCACAAAGUGGUGCCCAAAUUUUAAUUGGCAAAAACCCCUAUCUCAUUAGUGACCAACACGAAGAUGUCGACUUUAUGCCAAAACUCUCAAUCACUUGUUCGAAAUUGAGGAAAAUAAUUAAAUUUUCAAACAUGGAAAUAAAUUGGGGGAAUUUUAAUGAACAAUGAGUGAUGAAUACACAUUUUAUCCAACUGUAUAUAAUUAAAAUUUAUAUGUAAAAAGGAUAAAACAAAUGAAAUUAAAUUGAGAGAAUAGAUAAGAGGACAUCAUUAAAUGAUUGAUCAUUCUAAAGCGGGGAAGUCAAGUAUAAAACACAUAACACUAACUGAUUUAAUUUAAAUAUAAAAUAAAGUGAAGUAAAAUAAAAUAUCUAUAUAUGUAAAAUUUGAUGAUUAUUGAAAACAGAAACAUAUUAAAUGUAUGAAAUUCUUUGAUAUGUUAACAUUACAGAGUAUGUAAAUUAUAUUUCAAAGAAAGAAGAAAUAAAGAACACUACAGAAGACAUCA